CCCGAUACUUCAUCAGACCUGUAUGCAGAGGUAGAUACGUCGUCGCACCUCAACUUGGCUGCGCAUUCGAUCCAACAAGCUGCUGUGCCUGCGUUGGACACCUUGUAUCAUGAUAGUUCUGUACCACUUUCAGCACAGUCAAAAGGCAAGCGUAGAUUUGGCGCAGAGGACCACCAGACCCAAAUGCCGCAAAAACGGCGCAGGCUUGUACUCACCGCAGAACCUUACUUUUCACCUGCCAUUCCAACUUCCGCCAGCCUCCCUGCCGAAAUCUGGCAGCAUGUAUUCCUAUACCUCACGCCAGACGACCUUAGUCGUUGCUUGCGCGUCAGUCGCUUGUUCCGCUCAUAUCUUGCCGACCUUACCGCCACCAUGAGCAUCCGCCUACCACCUCAUCGCAAUGGUCUAAAACUUCUCGACAGCGAGGCAAUCUGGACAUCAGCUAGGAAACUGUUUGCUCCCAACCUGCCUCGUCCUCUUGCUGGCUUUACAGAGAUGCAUAUGUUUCAGCUUCUCGGAGGUAGAGAUUGCCAGGCUUGUGGUGCCCUUCCGCUGCAGCCAAAUCAGCCCACCACUCCUUUCGACGCUGGACCUGGUCAUGGCGGUGUGCGCGUCAUCUGGUCCUUCUCUGCUCGCCUUUGCUCCGAGUGUUUUGAGCUCUAUUCUGUCAAGGUAGUAUCNGACGUUGACGUUGUCGUUUCCCCUGUCAAUCCACUGAGAGCUGGCUUACCAUAUGCUUUCUGCACGCCGGAUUUGCACUACAUUCCUGCUACCUUACAGGCCCAGGCUGCUGCUUCCAUCAAGGGCACGAUGUUCAAAGUGUACUCGCAAAAACAUAUUGAUGAUCUUCAACAAGAACACCAGAAUGCCAAGGAGUUUGGCACUGCUGCUGCCGAGGAGUGGGUGAAGGGCCUGCCGUUACUCGGAAAACAGCAAAUGGCGGACGCAGCUCGUUGGGAGAGAUGGGAAGCUCAACUUCCUCUCGGCUCCGACAUUUUCAAAGUGCUUAGGGAAUAUUUCCGUCCUUAUUCGGUUCCUAUGAUAGGUGAGACUCCAGUCGCUGUUGCGUCUGCCGCAGUAACUGCAGUGGCAACUCCUUCGGUGAUGAAACACCCUCUCCCGGCCCGAGUCGUUGCUGUUCCUACCGCCACUAAACCGAGUGAUAAUGCUCAGAGUCCACAACAGUCGAGCAAGAAAGAAUGGCGCGCACCUCGGAACUUGAAAGAGGUCAAUGAAGCUAGAGCCUCUCGAAGAGCCGACAUUGAGCGACGAUGCUAUAUGGAGUUUCAACCACCGCUCAUGCCUAAUGUCCUGCAACACAUGGAAUCCUUCCAUGCUGCCAUGCAGAUCACAACUCCAUUGACUGACAGUGCGUGGGAAGUCUUGAAACCUCGCCUCUAUACUCAACGAGAUGCUGCCGAGCAGAUUGAAUACAUGAGGGAAGAGCAGAUGCGUGCUCUCCAGGCGACCAUUCCCGACCCCGCAUACCACGCCAUGUAUAGCCAGCCUGUCGAUCCAACAAUUCUCCAACGUCAGUACGAAUCUGCGCAAGCACCCAUUCGCAAGAAGCUUGGCAUGUAUGCCGAUGACCUGAUUCGAAUCAAGUGGAAGAAGGGUAAGAUCCUUACUCGUGAGAAUUGUCCAGAAUUUGCCGUCGAAGUUCUGCUCUAUGCCAGAAACAGAUUUAUCGAAGUUGAAAGGCCACAUGACCUGCCUCCAGACCAGAUGACCGAUGAAUCUGAUCCCUGGUUCGUGAGUUUGGAGAACAUGCGUUGGCUCUACGACCAGAAAGUCAAGACAUACACAGACAAGUAUCUACGUGAGCUAUUUCACUGUGCCGAGUGCAAGUCGCUUGGCAAGUCCUACGCUUUUGAAGGCAUGAUACAACAUUACGGUGCGAAACACACAUCCGAGUUCAGCAGGGGAAAUAUUGUUGUCCACUGGCAGAGUGCGGAAUGGCCGGAAGAGUCUCCCCUGGAGCCCUGCAAUGGUGUCAUCCCCGACCCGACAAUGCCUCCUAAGCCAUCUAAGAAGCCUACAGAUUCUGGUGAUGCUAGCCAGUAUCAAGCAACAGACAGUUCCGGUGUCCCGGUCCAAUCAGCAUAUCAUUGGCCUGGAGCGGAAGGUGGCGCUUAUGACCAAUCUGGGUACUCGGCUUACCCUCAGGAUGCCCAUGCUGGUUAUGCUGCCUAUAGAUACCCUUAUGCCAGCGGCACUCCGACAGACCCUCACCAUCAACAUGGCUACUAUCCCCCACCUGUAAACCCCGCAAGUCUACACCGGGACCAGAUUGACUACCUUGCGAACAUUGCAAGAGAGAUCUGGGACACCAUCGCCGACAUUAAAGGUCUGGAAGAAAGUGUCAGAGUUCACACAGUACUGCAUCACGCAGUCUCAAGAUUCAAGGCUCACUUUGGCAGUGAGCCAUCGCUUGACAUGCUGACUGAUGCUCUCGUCAAUCAUGACCUCAUGCGUCCCAUUAAAGACGCGAGCGGUAUGGCCUGUAUGACUUGUAUCUCAAGUAAUCUCGAUGGCUUUGUUGCGUUCAAACCAUAUGCUAAGCGCAUCGCGGAUUACAAGCUGUACAACACUUCCUCGCUCAUCUCACACUUCAAAACAGUCCAUCUUGGAAGCGACUCUGGGCUGGACUGGAAAGAGGACAUGAUUGAGUUGCCUGAAGAUGACAACAUUCGUGAGCUCUUGAUUGCUAUCGGUAUGAACGACGAAAAGCUUGGCCUAAUAGCAGGAGUUUUCCCUAAACUGUUCCCCAACCCGCUUCCAAGAAUUGGGGAGGUCAGAGAGUCAUUCAAACCUUUACCUAAGAAGGACACAAAAUCGAAUCGUCGCACAAACCAGAAGAGCAAGAAACAGAAACGCAAUAGUGGACAUCACCCGGCUACUUUGACCCAAGGCGAGACCUCGGAAGAGCAGUCUGAUACUCUUCCAGAGGCUGCGGAAGACGAAUAUGAUCCUCGACGUCCAGCCUUCAUCGAGCGAGGCAACCAGGGAUCGAACCGGAAUGGGAAGAAAGAAGGUCAACGCCAACAACCAUCAAUUGAUCUCACGCAGCUUGCACCCGAGACUCUAGAAGCACUCAGUCGACUCCGCCCAAGUGACCCAGAGGUCCAGAAAGCCCUCGCCGGUAGAACCGAACGAAGUCCAUCUGUGCCUCGAGCCGGUGGCUCUCAUCCUCCNCCAGUUGACUCAAGUCGUCAAAAUCGUGCUGCAUUUGAGGCCAAUCGUGUGCCCGCCUAUCAGCCGCAAGAACCUCACGAUGUCCACACUCGCUCUAAUGGUCGACACGAUCGUAGUGGUGUUGAAGAGCCUCCGGAGGAUUACACCCAGAUCAUCCGUACGCCUGCUACUGGACCAUAUAGUCAGCACAACAUUGCCGCUCCGAUGCUCUCGGUCGCACCUCAAGAUCGUUACGUUCGCGUCGACUCACGUGGUCAACCUAUGGAACAUUCACGACACGAAUCAGCACCUUAUGGGUAUGAGUACGAUCAGCGUGUAGGACAUCAAGAGUACUACCCUCGCCCUGAAUUCAGGACAGAACACCCAUCUGUUUCUUAUGGCUAUGAACCGAGACCAGAGACGAUAUACGUAGACCAGUACGGUCGUCCUGUUGAGGUCGUACGUGUGAUUGAACGUCACCCUCCGCCUAUGUAUGACUACUCACCGCAUCCACCCGAGUACUACCAAAGAGAGGACCCGCACGCUCGAUAUGUCUACUACGAGCAGCCCCCUCAUGGCCAACCUGUACCACAAGCAGGACAUGCAGGCCCACCUCGAGUUGGCUACGGUCCACCACCUGGCCCACCGUCAAGAUAUAUGUAUGAUGACGCAAGAGCGUCUGUCCCACGCAAU